AUGUUCUCGUCGAUGCGCCGGAAGCGGCGCUUUUCCAGCUCGGCGUCAUCAAAGCAAAAGGAUACUCCAGAGAAUAAUAAUGGGUCACCUACUCGAGUGCGACCAGUGGCACAGAUUGCUAUGUGGCAUGUUGCAUUAUAUAUUGGCGUUCUCUUCUACAUCUUGAUGGGAGCCUACGCCUUUUUCUGGUUCGAGGGGGAGGCCGAGGACCGCACACGGGAACUCCAUAGGGAUAUGCUCAACGAUAUGAAAAGCCAAUUUGUGAAGGAGCUGUCGGCGACAACUGAUGAAAAAGCCAUUCGGACGCACCUUUACUACUUUCUGAGCAACAUGUCACGAAAUCACAUUCCAUUCGAACAUUAUUUACAUUCAGAAGAUCCCAGUAGGGAAGUCCCGAAACGAUGGACAUAUCAAUCUAGUGUAUUAUUUUCUUUUACAAUUUUGACUACUAUUGGUUACGGGGAUGUUGUGCCUAAAACAAAAAGCGGUAAAAUCUUCACGAUGGUUUUUGGUGCCAUCGGGAUUCCACUCUUCCUCAUUACAAUUGCGGAUCUUGGUUCUUUCUCUAAGACGGGUAUUAUGACUAUAGUACAGGCACUUUAUAAAAAGGAAUUGAAAAAACAAGGCGAGAUGAAGAUGUUACGGGAAAUUGGAGAGGUGUUCUUGGUGGCAAUGAUAUUCCUGAUAUUCAUUGCAGCCGGUUCGGCGAUAUUGCCGCUUUGGGAGAAUGAUCUCUCCUACUUCGACAGCGUCUACUUUUCUUAUAUGAGUCUAACAACGAUUGGGCUGGGCGAUAUUGUUCCGAAACGGUUGGACUUUUUGCUGCCGACGCUCGUCUACUUGACAAUUGGGUUGUGGUUGACGACAGCAUUGGUGGAGCAAUUGGCUGAUGUCUUUCGAUUAGUUCAUUACGCUGGGAGGAAAGUGAAGAAUGUGAAAGGGAUUACUGUUUGGCUGGGUGGUCGUAGAUUAUCUAUGGGAAGUCUAAUCCAAACUGUUUGCCGAAGAGUUGGUAUGAGCGACCACUUGAUCGGGCAAAUAAAUUGGGACAGAACGUUGGAUCAAGCAUUGGCCGGCCAUAUGCCACCUUCAAUCCCAAUUUUCCCGUGGCAUUUUGCCGACUUUGUCGAUCAUGACCCACCACUAAUCGAUUUGAGUAUAGAUUUUGAUCAGAUGGACGGCAAUUCAUUCCACCUCCCAUCCGCACCUAGUCGAAAAUCGAGAAGAACCUCGCAGAUGAGUGCUCCAACAUAUAAUCCGAUCAUCACGGAUUCCGAGGACGAACUAUACCAAAACUACCAUGAUAAUAAGGGAGAAUACUAUCGUUUCCUAAGGCGUAUGCGGCACCAAAGC